CUUUAAUAUAUCAUAUAUUUUUAUUGAUACAUGACAUACUAUACGGUGUUUUGAAUAGUUAAAUAACUUCGAUCGAAGCAAUGGUUAACAUGAAGAGAUUUAAGAAGGUGCCCCGGCGGCAUUUCAAAAGACACUCCGUCGUCCCCUGCCAGAAUGGUUGGACGACUUCGAAUCCCUGGGUGGAGCAAGUUAUUAAUCCAACUAAUCGAAAACUCCCAAGCCGCAAACUGUUUACAUUGAACAAAGAUAUAUCUGAUUUAAAUAAUAUUAAAAAAUUGCAUGCUUCCUUAAGUUCACGUGGUAUUUACUCUGCCGUUCCAACAGUAACCAUUCGUCGCGAACCGUUUCAUUUGGGUAUUAUAGAAAAUUUUCUCUCCGAUAAAAGCAGUUUGCAGUAUUUAUAUAAAGACAUACAAACCUUAAAAUGGAAUUCCAAAAAAAUGGAUCUAUAUGAAUUGUCUCAAUCACCUGAUCUGUCCACAGUAACAUCAAAAUACUUGCAUGGUUUUUUUAAUUUUUUGCAGACUGAUGUGCUUAAAUGGAUGAGCGAUGUCACUGGUUUGAAAUUUACGAAAGUAUCUGCUACAUGUUCUAUGUAUAAUGCAACCAAUUAUUUGCUUCCUCAUGAUGACCUAUUGGAAGACAGGUUGAUAGCCUUUAUUUUUUACAUUUGCCCAUGGCGAUUGUCAUCUGACGAUUAUAAUCAAAAAGUCUUGGAAGCUGGAUGGAGCACGAAGAUGGGUGGAAAUUUAAAAUUAUUCACUGUGAACAAAUAUAAGGAACCAGUUUAUCCGGCUAUUGAUAAAAUUUGCCCGAAAAACAAUCACUUUGUUUUUUUUAAGGUUUGCCCAGAAUCUUAUCAUGAAGUUGAGGAAGUUUAUACUGAUGAUUAUUCCAGGUUAUCAAUAAAUGGGUGGUUUCAUGGACCUAGAUUUAAAAUUACUGAAGAGCUUGAAACUAAUAAGGUGAGAAAGCAUGAGAUGUUUUCAUAUGAGAUCAAAAAUGAGGUUUGUUUAUUAGAUGAUUAUAUAAAAAGUGACUAUUUAACUGAAACGUCUAAAAAAAAAAUUAAUACUCAAAUUGAAGAAAAUUCUGAAAUAGGACUUGCUCAAUUUUUUAAUGAAAACGUUUAUGAUGACUUGUUAAACUCAAUAACUUCAGUUAUGAAAUGGGAAAGAGUUGGCCCGGUUAAUAAACGAAAUUAUGAGAUAUGCUUUGUGAACAAGUUAUAUAACUUAUUUUAUUCUGACUCUUUCAUAUCUUUAUUGAAAGAUUUUACGGAUUUAGAUUUGCCAGUUGGAGACAAUGCCUUGAAAAAAUCGUUAAUAAAUUUAGAAAUUCAAAGAUGGACUGCAGGAUGUUAUACUUUAUUAAGUGACAAAUCAGAAUAUGACUGUGAUGAAUUGGAUGUUAUAAUGUAUUUUAAUUCUUCAGGAAAAACAGGUAUUGGUGCUAUAACUUAUUUAGAUCCAAAUGAAGCAGAAGGCAAUGAGCUACUAACAAUAUUUCCUAAAAAUAAUAUGCUGAAUAUUGUAUAUAGAACUAGUGGAACAAAUAGAUUCACUAAGUAUGUUAACCGUAAAAUGAUCGAUCCCUCGAAGUAUUUUUAUAUAGUAGUCUGUAGAUAUAGAGAAUUACAAAAUGUGUAA